UUCCUUCUUCCUUUCUUUGAGCUGUUUCAACUGCUUUCUCUGUGGAUUAUUUUAUUUUAUUUUAUUUUAUUUUCUUUGCUGCGUUUGCUUGCUACUCUUGAAAGGUUGAGUAACCAUGAAACACCUAAAACUAACACCAUUUCCUGUCGUCAUUUUUCCUUUCUUUCGCCUUGUGUCUUCCUUCUCUUAUCGGCAUUUCCUUUCCUUUUCAUUCUCCGCUCUUUUCUUCUCUCAAGGAUACAAGAGGGAUUGCUCUUAAAACACCUUGUGAUGAUUAGCAUCAAUAUCAACAGUGGAAUUUGGGGAAAAGCAAAAAUGGAUGGGUUUUGGAGAAGUGAUGAAAGAGGUAGAUGACAGCCGCCAUGAUCUGGUGUUCAAAGACACUAGACCACAAUUUUCAGCGAAAGGAAACAAAGGAAAUGGCGACGUUACAGAAAUUCAAGCUGCUAGCAACACAAUGUGGGGUGGCGCAAAGCCCAACGCGCAGCCGAGCACAAGCCCCGUUGUCCACUUCCUUCGCCGCAAAUCCACCCUGCGCAUGCUCCUCACGAGAACCACCAGCCGCCGAGGGGUACCUAACCAGGACUGUUUCGUCGCUACCUCACCUUCUGAGAAGAAGAAGAAGAAGAACGACGACAGGGAUACAAAAGGCCGCACUUUGAAGGAUCUGCUUGUAUCGUCACCCUCACCCUGUGGAGAAGACGAAGACAAAAGCAAGGUCUUCAACGGGAAAACUGGCGGUAGGAGCGAAGUGCUUCCGGAUAAUUCGAAGGGUCUAGAUGUCGGUUCGGGUUCGCCGAGGACAGGCUGGGUCGGGAUCCGGGCACAGGCUGCUUCUGAGGAAGGCUUGGCGUCCGAUGGUUGUGUCCAUUCCUGAAUAAUUUUCGCUAAAUUUUGAAAUAAAAAUAUGGUUUUGAUUUUUCCGGAUUUUCUGUUGUCAAUCAAUCUCUUGUUGGUGGUGUGUAUAAAAACACCUUGCAUCUCUGUGAGCCAUUCCGAUUGAAUUUUAUGAAUGUGUGAGUCAAUCAAUCAAUCUCUUGUUG